GAGUCCAGAACGCGGAAACGGAAGCGGCACGUGUAGCCGGCUAGGAGAAGCCGCAGCAGCAUCAGCUUCUGGAAUCUUCCACGGGAGUUAUAUGAAGCGGUCCGCCCCCUCCCGCCUUCAGACGGGCUCCCCGCAGCAGCAGCGCCCAGCAUCCUCGCUCCCAGCACCGGGAUAUCAUUACGCCAGUGCUAUUGCCGCUAGCUAGCACAAUGUCGGUGGUCGGGUUCGACCUCGGAUUCCAGAACUGUCAUGUUGCUAUCGCCAGGGCUGGCGGCAUCGAGACCGUCGCCAAUGAGUUCAGCGACCGAUGCACUCCGGCUGUGGUUUCUUUUGGUACAAAGAACAGGACAAUUGGUGUCGCAGCCAAGAAUCAGCUAAUCACAAACGCUACCAACACCGUAUACAACUUUAAGACGUUUCAUGGUCGAGAGUUUAGCGAUCCUUUUGUUCAGAAGGAGAGGAGUAAUUUGGCCUAUGAACUGGUUCCAACCAACAAUGGUGGAGUAGGAGUUAAGGUGAUGUACAUGGAAGACGGACAUGUGUUUAGUGUAGAACAGAUAACAGCCAUGCUCUUGACUAAACUAAAGGAGACUGCUGAGAGUAACCUGAAGAAGCCGGUGACUGACUGCGUCAUAUCUGUUCCCUCAUUCUUCACAGAUGCAAACAGGAGAUCAUUGCUGGAUGCAGCUCAGAUAGUUGGGUUAAACUGUCUGAAACUGAUGAAUGAUAUGACUGCAGUUGCAUUGAACUAUGGGAUUUAUAAGCAGGACCUCCCAGCUCCAGAAGAAAAACCCAAGAUAGUGGUUUUCGUUGACAUGGGGCACUCGUCUUUGCAACUCUCCGCCUGUGCCUUCAACAAAGGCAAACUAAAGGUUUUAGGAACUGCUUUUGACCCAUAUUUGGGAGGAAGGAACUUUGAUGAAAUGUUGGUUGAAUACUUUUGUGGAGAGUUUAAGACCAAAUACAGAUUGGAUGUAAAGUCCAAAAUUCGAGCUCUUCUGCGUCUAUACCAGGAGUGUGAGAAGCUGAAAAAACUCAUGAGCAGUAAUAGCACAGAUCUCCCUCUUAAUAUUGAGUGCUUCAUGAAUGAUCUAGAUGUGUCAGGACGUAUGAACAGGUCACAGUUUGAAACUCUGUGUGCUGACCUCCUGCAGAGAAUCGAUGCUCCUUUGCACUCAUUAAUGGAACAGAUUCAGCUUCGAGUAGAAGACAUUAGUUCUGUGGAGGUCAUUGGUGGAGCUACUCGUAUCCCGGCUGUGAAAGAGAGGAUCACCAAAUUCUUUGGCAAAGAUGUCAGCACCACUUUAAAUGCAGAUGAAGCAGUUGCAAGGGGCUGUGCUCUCCAGUGUGCCAUUCUAUCACCGGCCUUCAAAGUUCGAGAGUUUUCUGUCACAGACGUGGUACCUUACCCUAUUUCACUGAGGUGGAACACAGAAGCUGAUGAGGCUGAAGGGAUUCAUGAAGUCUACAGCAGAAACCACGCAGCUCCAUUCUCUAAAGUCCUCACUUUCUACCGGAAGAAUCCAUUUCAGCUUGAAGCCUUUUAUUCUGAUCCUGCCACCAUCCCGUAUCCAGAACCCAAGAUCGGCCAGUUUGUUGUUCAGAACAUUUCUGCAUCUAAAGAUGGAGAGAAGUCUAAGGUGAAAGUGAAGGUUCGUGUCAAUACACACGGGAUCUUCAGUGUCUCCACGGCCUCUGUGGUAGAGAAGAUGGAGGUGGAAGAAAAGGAAGAUCAGUGUGUGGAAAGUGGGGUAGAGAUGAGGAAUGAAGGAGCUACAGAAACUAUGGAGAAUGAUAAGCCUGUCCAGCAAGAAACCCAUAUAGCUGGAUCGCAGCCCCAGGUACAAACCGAUGGGCAACAUUCUCCUCCUCCACCCGAGUCCACCAGUGAGGAACACAAAGUGACCGAAACGGAGAAAGUAUCUGAAAAGAAAAGCGACAAGCCUCCUGAAGCCAAGAAGCCUAAGAUCAAAGUGAAGAAUAUUGAACUGCCCAUUGAGACGAGCUUUGUGUGGCAGCUAGGAAAAGAUCUGCUCAAUAUGUACAUUGAGAAUGAGGGCAGAAUGAUUCUCCAGGACAAACUGGAGAAGGAGAGAAAUGACGCAAAGAACGCAGUUGAGGAAUAUGUGUAUGAAUGCAGAGAGAAACUCUCAGGACCCUACAGCAAAUGUAUCUGUGAAGAGGACCUCAGUCGUCUUUCAGAGCUCCUUACAGAAACUGAGAACUGGCUAUAUGAGGACGGGGAGGAUCAGCCACGGCAGGUGUAUGUAGAGAAACUGGAAGAGCUGAAGAAACUCGGAACUCCUGUCCAUGAACGUUACAGAGAGGCUGCAGAGCGCCCAAAAAUGUUUGGGGAACUUGGCCAAAAGCUGCAGCACUACGCGAAAAUUGUCGAAGAGUACAAUAGCCAGAGUGAAACAUAUCAACAUAUUAGCGUUGAUAACAUGAAAAAGGUAGAGAAAUGCGUCCGAGAAACCAUGGAGUGGAUGAAUAAUGCAAUGAAUGCUCAAGCAAAGCAGCGGCUGGAUCAGAACCCAGCAGUAUAUGUGCAUGAGAUCAAAGCACAGCGUGAUGUGCUGGAAAGUAGCUGCCACCGUAUAGUUACACAGCCAAAGCCAAAGGUUGAAUUGCCCAAAUCUGAUAAUCCAGUAAAUGGUGUGAACCAUAAAAACGAAAACAUCCAGGCUGAGAAGAAUAAAACGGCACCUUCUCAGUGUAACGGAGACUGUCAUCCAAAUGAGAAGGAGACAAUUGACAUGGACUUGGACUAAAGAGGUCUGAUCGCUAUUUUCCUGUUACAGGGACUCACUGGAAUCUGUUCCUGGAUUAUUUUAUUUUAUUUUUUCAGUUCAUUGCUCUAUACAUGGGCAACUUGUAAUGAAGAUUGAGUUGUUUUUUUCCUUUUAGCCAUUUUGUUCUAAAAUUUCUGCAAGAUAUGACCAAAUAUUAUUAUAAACAGGGACUAUUUAUUAAGACUGGUUCAGAAUUUUAGUAUUGUUUGUUCUUUUUAAUUGUUGCAUUUUUUCACUGAACACUAUAUGGCACAGGAGUAGAUCACACUUGCCUUGUUAACUUGGGGAAAACAAAAAGAAAUUCCUGUGGAAUUGUGGACUUUGGUAUUGGGCUUCUGUCACUGCACUGAGACGACCGCUUCAUGUGGUUUUUUUUUUCCAGAGGUGGUGCUGCAAGAGCUUGAAAGGAACUUUUUCAUUUCACUGUUCCUCCACAUAGAAGAUGUAGCAAGUCUGUAAGAAAUGGCUUCUCAGUUCAUUACUGUAAACUUUUUAUUUCACACUAUUUUUAGGAGUGGAAAGUGAGAAGCAAGAUUCGUAUGUUGGCACGGACAGCAAUCCGCUUAAAUGCGUUUUUUUUUCUUGGUUUUUGUUAAUUUAGAAAAAGCUGCAAAGUGAAAGGUGUGCUUCAUUUUAGUGUCACUGUCGUGGGGCCUUCAAUGGACUUUGAUAAAUAAAAGUUCUCCAGUUUAAA